AUGAGCUCGACGCGCGAGGUGCGCGAGCUGCUCGAGCGCGCGUUCGCGCCGUGCGCGGAGCUGGACGUCGUGGACGUGAGCGGGGAGUGCGGGAGCGCGUUCGAAGUGCGCGUGGUGAGCGAAUCGUUUCGAGACAAGAGUCGGAUUGAGAGUCAUCGCGCGAUUCACGACGCGCUGGGGAGCGUGAUGGGAAAGAUACACGCGCUGAGCGUGAAAGUGGCCAAGGCGCCGUGA